CGCGUGGAUAACAGCUUAACGGUGAAAAAAUACAAAUCGCGAGUGCGUUUUAGAUUUACCGAGUUUCCCAAGCUAAGCCAUGCAAUGGGAAAUACGUUGUUAAAAGCGUAAAUGAAUGAAUCUGAAGCCACCUGACCACUUCUUGUUGGCCUAGAAGAGAGAAAAAAAAAACAAACAAAACGCAAUAAAAUGCAAGUGGGCAUAAAUUAAAGCCAUAUGAAAAAAAAAAACGCAACAUGAUAAACAAUUUCCGUGCUAAAGAUUUAAAGAAAAACUAAAAACAAACAAGUAACAAAUCCCACAAACAAUUUUAAAUUCAUUAACACAAUAUACCACCAUAAAUGAACACAAAGUGAAAUCGUUGAUAGCUUACAAGAAAAACAAAAACAAACAAUAGUGCCAGUGGCUGUAACUAUUGGCUAGCCCCCCCAACACCAUAUUGCUUGCAUGUUUGGAAAAUUCUACACAAACCUGUUCGCAAUGGCUCAUAAGAAAAUCUCCCUAUUUAUGGUCAUAACUUUAUGUUGUUUACCAUCCGCCAUAAAAGCGGUGCCCCUAAGUCCACAACAGCAUUUGCAGCAACAACAAAAACCCCCGUUGCACUUGCAAUCGCCACAAUCCCACAAUUAUAAACAACAAUUGCAAUAUCAAAUGCAACAAAAGGAUAAAUACGAAUACCAACAGCAUAUGCAACAACAACAGCAAUACUAUCAACAACACUAUCAACAGAAGUCAAUUCCACAGCAGCAACAACAGCAUCACCCGGAUUUUGUUAGACCAACACAAUAUGCUGUUCAUCAGCAGCAACAAUACCAUCUAACCCAACCACCUCCCACUUCAGUGGAUUUAGUGGCCGAUCAACAACAUUCCUAUUUUGCAGUACGUCCCACACAGUUUUUCUCUAUCUCAUUACAGAUGCUACAGACUGCCGCCUCUAUGUUGCAGGAGGAAAUUCCCCAAGCUGAUGCUUUGCGAGGGCAACCCGAAUACCUUUCCAUAACCAAUGAUAAUACGGCUGUAAAGCGACGUCCAGGUAAUCGAAAGCGUAAGCGAAGGCCACAAGUUGCCGCCAGCAAUGAGGGUGUAGGCAGUGGACCCACAGCUCCCAGUCCCAUAACAUAUUGGCGAGAACACAAUGAGGAGGAGAAUCUGAACAACGAAUCUACCAUCUCCCCAAGUCCCACUUAUCCAACAGUAAGCGAGAGAAGAUCAACUCCUGGAGUGAGAAGGCGUAAACCUUCAACCAUAAGGGAACCAUUGGCUGCCUUGGAAAAAGAGCAAAAACUUUAUGAGUUAAGAAACUCAAAGCCAGAAUCUACUCCAGCAGCUACAACUACAGGAAAUCGCAAUUCUGAAAAUCUGAAAAAUAUUUUGAAAAAUAAUGGCGGUUUAAGUUUAAGCGAAAUUUUGCAACAGAAAAACCUCUCCUUGGAUGAUUUGCUUAAAGGCAAACAAAAUGCUUUGCAAGCUUUGCAAACUACAGCUACUUCACCGGCACAAAAUCCCCUGAGGGAACCCAUAACCAGAUAUUCACCCAAGCCCAAAUUUAAAUUGAGCACUACUUCGGCCAAGCCGGCAACAGAACAGCGCAAUGAUCAAGAGGCCAAGGACCACUCAAAGCUGACAGCUUUACAAAAACUAAAGUUAUUUGGCGCCUCUUCUAGACCUUCGGGCAUACAAGUCGGCUUGGCAGAUCAUCUAACCACUAGAAAGAAAGAAGGUCCUUUGUAUAGCACCACAACAACUUCAAGCACUACCACUACAACAACGGCGGCACCCACCACCCGCAUACCUUUGUACAAGAAAUUCCUGCAGCAAAGAUCCACAUUAAGACCUGCGUUUCUUUUGAAAAAUUCCCAAAUUGUUACCAGCAUGGAACCGGAACAUGUGACCACCCAGACAUGGGAUGAAGAAGAGGAUUUGGAAAAUGGAGAUCAAAGAAGGGAAGAUGAAUAUCUAGAGGAUAAUAAUGAGGAGGAAGAUGAAGGUGUAGAAGAAUACCAUGCACCAACAACGCUGGAGAGCACAGAGGCCACUACCUGGAGACCCAUAACGACCACAACACGCAAGCCGGUGACAAGCACCACCACCACCACCACAACUACUACAACAAAACCUUCUGCUACAGCCACUUACAAAGAGGUUGCCACCUCCACACGCAGAAUGUUCUCCUCGACUCGUGGACUUGGCAGAACUACCAGCCGUUUUACCCCCAGCAUCAGCACUACUGCCAAACCCAGUACCACCAGCACUACAGCCGCAACCACAACCUUGGCGCCACAGACGACAACUCCUACGACAACCUCAACCACAACCGCCAGCAGCAGCACCAUGAAUUUAACCCCCAAGGCUAACUUAAAUCUCAACACCGAUGAUAUAAGGGAGCGCAUACAGGAAACUUUACUCAAAAAUCUCAUAGAAAAAGAGGAUGCCCUCAAAAAGGCCACCGCAACAUCGCAUGAAAUGGAUAGCGAUGAUGAUCUAGAGAAUUUCUUUGAAGAAACCGUAAAACCCAAAAGUCUGGGCAAUGGCUUGGAUACCUCCACCAUUACCACACGCAUGAAACAGUACUCUACGUCAACAGCUUCACCCUAUUCAACUCCACAACCCUCCUCGACGGCUCAAAGCCCCGACAUUUUACCCGAUUUUGAUAAUGUGGAUGAUCGCACUGAUCUGCUCGAGCUGAUUGAAGAUCGUCGCUCGGGUAAUAGACUCUUCAAGGUUUUGGAACAACGCAAUAUGACCCUGGAUGAGCUGAUUGAACAUCGCAAGCGUGGCUCCAGUCAAUUGCAUUUGUCCACCAUAGUGCAGACACCCUCCCGCUACUAUCCCAAUAAAAAAGUCUUGCUGCAGGACAACAUGGACAUAGUGACGGCUUUUGAAAAUUUCCCCCAUUUUAAUUUGCUCAACUUGAAAAGUGUCAAGCCCGAUGAUAUUAAAACCGAUUCGCAAGGUUCCAGCUAUUUUACUUCAAUCAUAGACAUUGAACCUACAGAUGAGAUAUACAAGAGUGCCAAAGGUACAGGAGUUCUGGCUGGCGAUAAAGCUUCUUUAUUCGAUCGUUCCCAUAAAUCAUUGUUCCCCUCCUGGCAAUCCUUGGCUUUGGCCUCUCUGGCCUCUAACUCCUCUAUGAAAACGGCCAAUAAAAAGGGUAACCAAAAACUAUCGCCCUUCUAUUUGCCCCAACCAAAAAUGCUACUCGAUAACAAUUCUGAUGAUGUGGACUACGAUUAUGAGAUAAGAGAAAAUGAAUUGGUGCUCAUCAAUGGUGAUGACGACAGCGAGGAUGCUGGCAAGGAUGAUGGAGAUGUUGACUAUAAACCACAAUCACCAGUCCAGGCGGCCGUAAGAGUGGCCGCCUCCACAAAUCUCGAUGCUGUUGACAAUAUACAAAGUAGGGCUCAUGAUUUGGUGGACUUGGAAUUAUCAGGUCAUGGCUUUAAACGAAGUCCUUUGGCAGCGGGUGCCUUGGCGGCCAAUCAUAAGGCAUUCUAUGCAAAUAUGCCCGCUGGCAUUAAAUCAGCCAUAGUGGCAAGUGCCACCAUUGUUCUGACAGCCUUGGUUACGUUUAUGGUCAUUUUUGCAGUGUUUCGUUGGAGACAGAAACACAAUCGCAUGACCAACAUUAUGAAGUCCUACAAUGCCAUGAAGAGCAAAUUGCCACCCAUAGCAACGACGACCACAGCGGCUGCCUCAGCCUCGUUGAAUGCGGCAGAUGCCUCGUGUACGCGUCACUCCUCGUUGAGGGAGAUGAAUAGCCUAUUGGGUGGUAGUGGUUUAUCUGUGGCUGCCACCAUUACCACCACAACCACUGGAGUGCCAAAUACCCCCUCGCCAACAGCAUCACAGACAACAGUUUCGGCUACAGCCGCAGCAGCAGCAGCGCCUACUGCUCAUUCGCUUUUACGCCAUAGCAGCAGAAAAAAUCAUCAGCUCACCCAAUUGCAUCACCUGCAUCGCCCGAAUUCCUUGCUCUUUCGAACGCCGAGUAACACUAACCAGGAGCAGCAGCAGCAGCAGCAGCAACAACAUUCACAGCCCACAAACUUAUCCAUACUGAGUAACUGUAAUCUGACCGACCUGAAGCGUUCCAGUGAUCUGCGUGGCUCAACGACAUCGCUGAGUUUUUCACUGACCAGCGGUCAUAAUAUUGCGAAUACGCAUAUGAAUAGCAUGGAUGCGAAUUCGCCAGAAGUGCAAGAAUAUUUAUUUGAUACUCUAAGGAAUUCAUUUUAAGUCCCUCACACACACACACACACGCAUACAAACUCACUUAUACAUACAAGCAACUCCCCAAAAACGAAUGUAGACAACAAUAACUACAAUAUAUAAAAUUUCGAAAGAAACGAAUUGUUUUUCUGUGGUAUUUUUAUUCUGAAACUUAAAACUCCAAUAAUCUAUACACACACACACUCGGACACAGGACAAGGAAAGAUGCAUACAGUCUAACACACACACACACACACACACACACACACUCACACAUGAAUAUAUAAAAUUACAAAUUAAACAAGGUUUAGUAGGUUUUAAUAAAUGAAAAAAGACAAAUACAUAUGUAAUAAGGAUACAAUACA